GUACUGGGGUACAGUGGAGUCAUCCCAUGUGUAUUUACAGGGGCGCGGGGGUCACCCCAUGUGUGUAUACUGGUGCGCAGGGGGGUCACCCCCUGUGUAUACAGGGGCGCAGGGGGGGGGGGGUCACCCCAUGUGUGUAUAUUGGGGCACAGGGGGGUCACCCCAUGUGUGUAUAUUGGGGCACAGGGGGGUCACCCCAUGUGUGUAUAUUGGGGCACAGGGGGGUCACCCCAUGUGUGUAUAUUGGGGCACAGGGGGUC